GCUGUUCAGCACUGUGCUCCAUCACAGCAAGAAAAAACAACAGUGAGCAUAAUAUAUGCUCUCAACUUAAGAGACUGAGAUGAAGCAAACCAAUCUGGACUUACUUUUUGUUGGUUAAACGUCUGCAGUUCACCUUGAAGUGUUUAUGUCAGAUUCCUUUUUGUUGAAAGUAAAUAUUCACACAUCUUCUCAAAAGCUGGACACAUGGGGGAUAAUAAAUGUGGAGGGAUAGUUGCAGCUGCAGUAAACCGUCUGAAAGUGGUGAAGGGUUUGGAGGAUGUGGAGGUGUCAGAGUGUGAGAGCUGCUCCUUGGAGGUGACUCUUAACUUGGCCUACAUAGAGGGCAUUUGGACCAGAAAUGGGACAAAAGUAAAGUCAAAGCCGAGCUGUCGCAUCAGCACACAUGGGAAGAAACACUGCCUCAUCCUGAACCGGGUGGCUUUGGGAGAUGCUGGUUUAUACUGUUUCCAGGCUGGUGAGGUGCAGACUUCAGGAAGGCUUAAUGUCAGAGCUAGGGACAUAUACAUUGUGAAGGAGCUGGAGGAUGUGGACACGCUUGAACGUCGUCCUGUCAGCUUUUUAUGUGAAGUCAAUCAGGUGGAUGUGGAUGGUAGGUGGUAUCGCAAUGACUGCAGAAUCCGACCUGGGGACACCAUCAAGAUAAGACACCAGGGUAAAACACACACCUUGCUCUUCAAGUCAGUCAGACCAGAACAUGCAGGGGGGAUCAGAUUCACUGCAGAGCGGGUCUCAUCUCAUGCCACUCUCACAGUAAAAGAGCUCCCAGUUCAAAUAGUUCGACCUCUAAGGGUCAAAAUCGCCAUGUAUCGCCACAGAGGUUUGCUGGAGUGCCAAGUGUCGAGGCCUAAUGCUCAGGUCAGAUGGUACAAGAGCAGUAAGGAGCUCCUGCCCGGCGAGAAGUAUCAGCUAAUCAGCCAGGAUGUCUACAGGCAGCUGACCAUCGAAGAUGUUCGCUCCUCAGAUGAAGACACCUACACAUGUGAUGCGGGAGAUGAUAAAACAUCAUGUCAGCUUCUGGUGGAGGAGCAGGCCAUCAGCAUUGUGCAGGGGAUGAAGUCUCUGGAGGUAAUGGAGCCAAAUCCAGCAGUAUUUCAGGUGGAAACCAGCUUAAAGUCAGGGAGGCCCCCGAAGUGGACCUUGAAUGACGAGGUCCUGGAGCACUCUACAGGAGUGAACAUUGACAGGCAGGGGAAACUCCACACUCUGUGUUUCACAAGCACUGACAGCUCCAUGACAGGGCCUGUAGUCUUUGUGGCUGGGAAGAGCCGUUCCUCCGCACAGCUCACUGUCAAGGAGCGACCUCUUGAAGUUGUUCACCACUUAGAUGAUGUGGAGGCAAAGGAGAGUAGCUCUGUGAGCCUGAGCUGUGAGUUUGCCCCAUCACCCCGGAUGGUGCGUUGGUUUAAAGGUCGCACCGCACUAAAGUUCUCAAACAAGUACACCAUGAAAAGAGAGGGCAAACGAGCAGAGCUGAUCAUUCAUGGCCUGACAGGGAUGGAUUCGGGACAGUACCGCUGCAUGGCUGGAGGUUCACAGAGCACUGCGCAGCUCAAAGUUGAAGUAAAAACACUGAAGCUGGUCAAACAUCUUGAUCCUGUUGAAAUUGAGGAAGAUGGCGCUGCCACUUUUUCAUGUGAGCUAAACUAUGUUGUUGCAAACGCAGAGUGGCUGCUGAACAACAUCCGCCUCAAUUCUAACGCCAUCAAUCGAAUCCAGCACAUGGGCACAAUGCACAGUCUCAGGAUGCAAAAGCUUAGACCACAGGAGAGCAGGGUCACAUUUAAAGCAGGUCUACUCACUGAGACAACUGUCUUAAAGGUCAAAGAGCGUCCAGCUGUGUUUCUCAGGUCUUUGGAGGAUGUUAUUGGAGAGGAGAAAGGGGAAGUUUGCCUGCAGUGUGAAAUCUCUAAAGAUUCAGUAACUCCUAUCUGGAAGAAGGAUGGGGCCGUCCUGUCACCUGAUGAAAAACAUGAGUUUGUGCAGUGCGGGAAGUGCAGAGCACUGAUCAUCCACACACUGAGCAAGGAAGAUGCUGGUCAAUACACCUGUGACCUGGGUACCAGUCAGUCCAAGGCUAAAGUAACAGUACAUGAUCUUAUUAUUAGCAUUGUCCAGCGGAUAAAGACAGUCUCUGUUCUGGAAGGUGAAAGCUGUGUUUUCGAGUGCCAUCUAUCUCAUGAUCUGGAUGAUGAACCACUUUGGACCAUCAAUGGUCAGAUGGUGGUUACGAACAGCCGCAUUCAGCUAGUAAACGACAAACGCAUCUAUAAGAUGACCAUUAGAGAUGUCCUCCUUUCUGACGCUGGUGACGUGGUUUUCACAAUUAAAGAUCUGAGUUGUAGGACCAUGUUGUUUGUAAAAGAGAAGUCUGUGCACAUCUUUAGGGACCUGUUAAAUGUGAAGGCCGUGCCUGGGGAGGAUGCUGAGCUGAGCUGCGAAAUCACCAAACCAGAUGUCACCAUUCGAUGGCUGAAGAAUGGACGUCCCAUCAGGCAGAGCCCUAAAUAUGAGAUGAGCAUAGAGAAGAACCUGGCCCGGCUGUUGAUCAAAAAUACCUCCAUCAGAGACUCUGGAGAAUACUGCUGUGAAGCUGACGGUGUUGCUUCCAGAGCCAAGGUGGAGAUCAGAGAAUUUCAACACACAUUUGCAAGGGAGUUGAGGGACACUCGAGGAGAAGAAAAGGGUAAAGUGACACUGGAAUGUGAGACCAGGCGGCCAGCCAAGCGCGUGACAUGGCUGAAGGGCAUGUUGGAGCUCAGGUCUGGGAAGAAGUAUGUCAUGAAGCAGAAGGGAGUUGUUCUAACCCUAACCAUCAACUGUCUGGAGAAAACAGACGCGGAUAUUUACGUGUGUGACGUUGGUACCAUGCAAAGCCGGGCACAUCUGACUGUGCAGGAUCAGAAAGUGAUAAUCUUGGAUGAGCUCGAGGAUGUGGAGUGUCUUGAAGGUGACACAGUCACAUUCAGGUGUCGAAUUUGUCCCGAUGACUACUUGGGGGUCAAAUGGUACCUGGAUGAGACUCUGCUUUAUACUAACGAGCUUAAUGAGAUUCAGAUGGGAUCUGGGGGCUUCCAUACUCUCACAUUUAGACAGCUUGCUCGGAAAGACACUGGCACUAUUUCGUUCGUGGCAGGUGACAAAAGAUCUUAUGCUUCACUGCUAGUUAGAGAGAGGCGUCCUACUAUCAUCAAAGCACUGGAGGACUGUGAGGCUUUUGAAGGAGGUGGUUUAGUGUUGUCUUGUGUCACUUCCAAACCAUGCCACAUCUUGUGGUACAAAGAUGGCUGUCUGAUGUGGCACUCCUCCAGAUACUUAAUUACCCGUUCUGGCUGUGAAGCACGACUGACUAUUCGAGAGGUCAGCAACAGUGAUGCCGGAGAGUAUGAGUGCAGCGCUGGAUAUGUCACAACUACAGCUAUGGUCACCGUUAAAGCCAUCCCGGCAGAGUUCACCAAGCCUCUGAAUGCCAUGGAGGCCAAUGAGGGAGAGGAUGUUACGUUAACUUGUGAAUACUCCUUACCUGGAGUCCAAUUUCAAUGGAGGAAAGGUUUUGUGAAUAUCCGGCCUGGAGAUAAAUACGUCAUGAAACAGAGGAAAACCAUUCUUUCUAUGACCAUCAAAGCACUUCAGCCUGAGGACACAGGAGAGUACACAUGCCAAUGCAGAAAACACCAGACCACAGCCAGCCUUAAAGUAAACGCAAUUCCCAUUACCUUCAUUCAGCAACUUAAGAACCUGCAAGCAGAGGAGGGCAGUAGUGUGAUAUUGCGCUGUGAAGUUUCUAAACCUGGAAUAGCAGUGGAAUGGAGGAAGGAGCAGGAGCUGCUGACGAACGGCAUCAAGUUCCAGAUGAGGAAAAGGGAGACCACCUUUGAGCUUCUGAUAUGGAAACCUGUACCUGAGGACAGUGGGGUUUACAGCUGUGUGUGUGCUGAUCAGAUAACAUCUGCUACAGUCAAGAUUACCACCCUGCCGAUCACCUUUAAACAGAAGCUAAGGAACAUAUUGAUUGAGGAAGGAAACAAUGCUAUAUUUCGCUGCGAACUCUCCAAGCCUGGUCAAACUGUAGAGUGGAAGAAAAAUCAAGGUGGGGUCAUCAGGAAUGGAGAGAAGUAUCAUGUGCGACAGAGAGACACACAUAUUGAACUCAGGAUCCUAGAUGUGACUCCUGAUGACAGCGAUAUCUACACUUGCAUCUGUGGAAACAUCGAGACAACAGCAACUCUGACUGUUAAUGCCAUUCCUGUAACGUUCAAACAGAAGCUGAAGAACCAGCAGGUGGAGGAAGGACACAACAUCACACUGCAAUGUGAGAUUUCUAAAGCUGGUGUCCCAGUGGAGUGGUGGCUUGGAGGAGAGAAGCUCGAGAAUGGAGACAAGUACCAGAUAAAGCAGAGGGACUCCAGCCUGGAACUCACCAUCAGGGAUGCUGAGUUAGAGGACAGCGGCGUCUAUACAUGUGUGUGCAGGGAGCAGAAGACUAAAGCCACUGUAAAAGUUAUUGCAGUCCCUGCAUCAUUUAAAUCGAGUUUGAAGAGCCAAGAAGUGGAAGAAGGGACUAGUGUGACUCUUCACUGCGAGCUGUCAAAGAAAGGAGUCCCAAUUCAGUGGCAGAAGGAGGGUCAGGUUCUGUCUGAGGAGUUAAGCCGUGACAAAUACCAGAUAAAGGUUGAAGGAAAGAAAGCGCUGGUGACUAUUUUCAACGUGCAACUGGAAGAUGCAGGGAAGUACAGCUGCAUCACUGGAGAUGAGAAAACCACUGCAGAAGUCAGAGUCAGACCGCUUCCUGUCACAUUCAAACGAGAACUUCAGAGCCUAACAGUCAAAGAAGGAGACUGUGGAGUUUUUUGCUGUGAGCUUUCCAAACCUGAUGCUCCUGUGGAGUGGAGAAAAGGUAGAGUCCUGUUAAAGCCUGGAGAGAGACAUGAAAUGAAACUGGAGGGCCGGCUGACUAAACUGAUCAUCAACAAGGUGGAGGAAAGUGAUGCUGGAAAAUACACCUGCAAGACUAAACACAGUCAAUCCACUGCAGAGCUCAGAGUCCGAGAUCUUCCUCCAAGUUUUAAACUACCGUUAGUGAACCAGGAGGUCACAGAGGGCAACGUUGUGUCUCUGCACUGUGAGCUCAAUAAGCCUGCUUCCUCUGUGGCGUGGAGGAAAGGAGGAGUGCUGCUCAAAAAUGGAGACAAGUAUCAGAUGAGGAAGAAAGACCUGCAGGUUGAAAUGAAGAUUACUGACCUCACUGUUGAGGACUCUGGAGAUUACACUUGUCUAUGUGGAGAGGAAAGGACGACAGCUCAGAUCACAGUGAACGAAAGGCCGAUAAAAUUCAUUCAAGAUCUGAGAAAUGUUCAAGUACAGGAGGGUAAUGGAGUGGCACUCUGUUGUGAGCUCUCCAAACCAGGAUACCCAGUCCAGUGGAAGAAGGAAGAUAUUGUUCUAACCAGCAGUGAGAAAUACCAGAUAAGGCAAAACGGCUCCAAAGUAGAACUUCUAAUCAGGAAAAGUCUCCCAGAGGACAGCGGCUCUUAUAGUUGCAUUUGUGAUGAUCUUAAAACUAUGGCCAAUGUUGCAAUUACCGCAAUUCCUGUGACUUUCAAGCAAAAACUAAAAAACCAAGAAGCAGUGGAGGACGGCUGUUUAACAUUACGCUGUGAGCUCUCCAAACCUGGCCAAGCAGUAGAGUGGAGGAGAGAUGCACAGCUGCUGUUGGAUGGAGAGAAAUACCAGAUAAAGCAACAGGGCCGAUCGGCUGAGAUGCUGAUUAGAAAUGUAACCCUUGCAGAUGCAGGAGAAUACAGCUGUUCUGCUGGAAAUGCUGUAACUUCAGCUGACAUCAAAGUUAGAGCUCUUCCAGUAACAUUCAAGAAAGAAGUUCAGAGUUUGGAGGUAAAGGAAGGAGACAGUGCUACUUUCUGCUGUGAGCUCUCCAAGCCCGGAGCUCCUGUCGACUGGAGAAAAGGCAGAGUGAUCCUCAAGGCCGGUUAUAAGUAUGAGAUAAAACAAGAAGGAGGUCUCACCAAAUUAAUCAUCAAUAACAUUGAGGAGAGUGAUGCUGGGAAAUAUACCUGCAAAACAGAGGACAGCCAGUCCACUGCUGAGCUCACAGUCAAAGCUCCUCCUGUAACAUUCAAAACAAAGCUAAAGAACCAGCAGGCGGAGGAGGAAAACAGUGUGACGUUGAGCUGCGAGGUGUCAAAGCCCGGCCUUGCUGUAGAGUGGAUGAAAGGGAAAGAGCUGCUGAAGAGUGAUUUUAAAUACCAGAUUAAAAACCGUAACAUCAACAUGGAGCUCACCAUCAAAAAUGCACAGCUGGAGGACAGUGGACUUUACAGUUGUAUUUGUGGAGAUGUUAAGACCACCGCACAUGUCACAAUCACACCCAUUCCUCUCACUUUUAAAAUGGGCCUGAAGAACCAGGAGGCUCCAGAGGGAGGGAAUGUGUGUUUGCGCUGUGAGGUGUCCAGGGCCGGGGUGCCCGUGCAGUGGUGGAAAGGGGACGACCAGCUCUGCCAUGGAGGGAGGUUCCAGAUGGCACAGAGAGGGAAGGAAGCUGAGAUGACAAUCAGAAACAUACAACCAGAGGAUGUUGGAGAGUACAGCUGCGUCUUCGGGGGUCAGAAGACAACAGCUGAAGUCAACGUGAGAGCUGCAGCAUCUGUGUACUUUGAGAAGGAACUAGAGAGCCAAGUGGCAAUGGAGGGAAAAUCUGUUUUGAUGUCCUGUGAAGUUUCCAGCGCUAAUGUUCCAGUCACUUGGAGGAAAGACAGCGCUGUGGUUGAAGACGGAUUGCAUUAUAUACUAAAAAAGAAAGGUCCUUUGCACACUUUGGAAAUAAAGAAACUGGAACUGGCUGAUGCUGGAGAGUACUGCUGCAUCAGCAGAGGCAAGAAGACCACUGCAAAGCUGAUAGUGAGGGAGCGCAUCAGGAUUGUGAAAGGGCUGCAUGACUUAACAGUGACAGCUGGAGAGGACGCUGUGUUUGUGUGCGAGCUGAGCCAUGCAGAUGUGAGCGAGGGCACCUGGUGGCUUGGUUCGAGCCCUCUGCAGAAAAAUGAGAUGAACCAGAUGACCUGCCAUGGCCGCCAGCACCGUCUGGUCCUCACCAUGACCACUCCAGAGGAGACGGGUACGGUAGCAUUUGUGGUAGGGGAGGAGAGGACCUCUGCAAAACUGCUUGUUGUCCCCAAGCCAAAAGUUUUAUUUGAGGAGAAACCCAAAGACUCUGUGGUGAUGGAAGGAGAGACAGCUAUCCUUUCCUGUACCACAACUGACUGCAACACCUGGGUUACUUGGAAGCGCAGCCAUAUCCCACUACGAAGUGGUGAUAAAUAUGAGAUGCGUAAGGAGGGUAAAGUAAACCUGCUGCUGAUCCAUGAUGUUGAGCCCCAGGAUACUGGCUUAUACUCUUGUGAUACAGGCGACAUGCAGAGCCAUGCAAAACUAACUGUAACCGAACUUCCACCAUUCUUUCAAGAAGAGUUGCAAAGCAUAGAAGCGGAAGAAGGAGGCUCAGCCUGCCUCUACUGUGAGCUGUCUAAACUAGGAGUGCCUAUUCAGUGGAAAAAAGACGGGCUGCCAUUAAGAGCCAGCAGGAAGUAUGAGAUGAGGCAGGAUGGCUGCUUCAUCCAGCUGUACAUCAAGGAGCUCAAGCUUGAGGACAGUGGGAGCUACUCAUGUCAAGCAGGAAAAGCAGAAACAGUGGCAACAGUUUCAGUCAGAGAGACACCUCCAUUCUUCAAGAAAGAAUUAAAAAGGUUGGAGGCUGAGGAAGGAGGCGCAGCCUUACUGCAGUGUGAAUUAUCUAAGCAAGGAGUAUCUGUGCAGUGGAAGAAGAAUGGACUUCCCCUUAGAGAGAGUAGGAAGUACCAAAUGAAGGAAGAUGGCUGUCUGCUCCAGCUCCACAUCAAUGAGCUCAAACUUGAGGACAGUGGCAGCUACAUGUGUCAGGCAGGAAGCACAGAGACAACUGCUAAUGUGACAGUCAAAGAACUCCCACCAUUCUUCAAGAAGGAUCUGCAGAACAUUAAGGCAGAAGAAGGCAGUACAGCCUCUCUGAUCUGUGAGGUAUCUAAACCUGGAGUGUUGGUUCAGUGGAAGAAGAACAAAAUACCUCUCAGAUCCAAUAAGAAGUAUGAGAUUAAGGAGCAGGACUGUGUACUACAGCUCAACAUCAAGGAUCUAGGGGAGAUAGAGGGAUAUUUCACCGUCUUCAUCCCCUCUUUUAAGAAGCUAAAAGCUCCACCUCCUACACAGAGAAGCAGUACAAAUCAGCAUGUUUUUAACUUUUUUGAACCUUUUACAGAAUGUCCAGUUUUCUUCAUGAAACAAUUACAAAACAUGGAUGGAGAGGAAGGAGGCACCGUCUCUCUGUACUGUGAACUUUCCAAAUCUGGUAUUCCUGUGAUUUGGAAGAAAAACAAAUUACCAAUGAGGGCCAGCAAGAAAUAUGAAUUCAGACAAGAAGGCUCCGUUGUUCAGCUUCAUAUUAAAGAUCUGAAACCUGAGGACAGUGGCACCUACUCAUGUGCAGCAGGCAGCGUGGAGACGACUGGGGCCGUCUCUGUAAAAGAGACGCCUCCAUUUUUCAAGAAAGAAUUGAGAAGUUUGGAGACUGAGGAAGGAGGGGCAGCCUUACUGCAGUGUGAAUUAUCUAAACCAGGAGUGUCUGUGCAGUGGAAGAAGAAUGGACUUCCUCUUAGAGAGAGCAGGAAGUACAAAAUAAAACAAGACGGCUGCCUGCUCCAGCUCCACAUCAAUGAUCUAAGACUGGAGGACAGCGGCAGCUACACAUGUCAGGCAGGAGAUAUACAGACAGUGGCUGACUUAAUAGUAAAAGCUUUCACAGAGCUCCCUUUAUAUUUCAUAAAGGAGUUGCAAAAUAUGAAUGCUGAAGUGGGAGGGAUUAUCUCGUUGUGCUGUGAACUCUCCAGACCUGGGGUUUCAGUGGUUUGGAAGAAAAACAGGCUGCCCCUGAGAGCAAGCAGGAAGCAUGAGAUAAAACAAGAUGGUCAUCUCUAUCAGCUUAACAUCAAAGACCUCAAACCUGAGGACAGUGGCAGCUACACCUGCCAAGCAGGGAGUGCAGAAAGUAUUGCAAAUGUGGCGGUUCAAGAGUGCGCUAUAUUGUUCAUCAAAGAAUUACAAAGUUUGGAGGCUGAGUCUGGCAGUACAGCCUCUUUGUCCUGUGAGUUAUCAAGACCUGCAGUGUCUGUGCAGUGGAAGAAGGAUGCUUUGUCUCUGAGACCCAGUGAGAAGUAUGAGAUGAAAAAGGAUGGAUGCUUUCUGCAGCUUAACAUCAACAGGCUUAAUUCAGAGGACAGGGGUAGAUACUCUUGUCAUGCCGGGGAUAUAGAAACCUCUGCAACAUUACAAAUAAAAGCACCACAACUUGAUGUACUUGAGGCUAAAUCUAUAACAGCACCAGAGCACGUGAGAGGCACCGUGUCUAAACCAGCACCUGCUUCAGAGAAUAUAAGGCCAAAUGUUACACAGAACAACCCAGUUCCCCCAGAGCCCAAAAAGAGAACUAAUAGGAAAUCAUCUAUUACUACCUUAGAAAAAGACAGCGAGGAAUCUUUUGGCCUAAAGGUGCCUGUGCAGAAUGUCAACAAUGAAGUCCAAAAGGAUAUCCAACAUGUGAGAGCUAUAGAAAAACACUUUGAUGUUGCCCAGGAUGGAACAAACAUGGAGAGGAAUGAAGAGAAAGGGAGGGAGGUUCACAAGCAAGAGAUUAAGCCGGUUCAACUGCCAGGGAGGGAUUACAAGGUUGACAGGAGAGUUGAAGAAGCUUCACCUUUGGGUACAGAAAAAGAUCGAAUGGAAAAAACCCAACUAGAAGGGAAUGUGGGAAAAGUUAUUCAAGUCGGUCCUCAAGUAGAUCAGUCAGAAAGGCUUGUGGACAAUAAAGCUGGUGAACUGAAAGAGACUGAAAAGGGAUGUGAAGUUAAAAAGGAGUUUAAACAAGUAAAAUCAUCAGAUGAAUCAAAUGAAGCCAAGCAUAAGCAUAAGAUAACACAGCAAGCAACAACGAUUUGGCGAAACAGUGAAGGUGAAAAACAUGUAGAAGAGAAGCUUAAAGGGAGCGAAACAACUAACAGCGAUGUUAGGCUAUCAGAUAACAAAGGUGUAAGAGAAGAGGAGCCUUCAAAGCCUCCAGUACGAUCUAAGCCAAAGGUAGCAACUGGAGAGCAACCAAUCAAGUCUAUUACCAAAAGAACAGAGGGCACAAUUCCUCAGCUAAGCAAGACUGCUUCAAAAGAUAUCGAAGACCAUAAAGAGAUGAGAGAAAAUGGGCAAAUGUUUGCAGAGGAUGUAUUUACACAAGCACGCACAAUAAACCAGCUUGAGAAACACUCAGUAGAAGAACCAAAAAAGGUGGAUGCAGUAACUCCUCAGUAUACCGCUCCAAAACCCCCUGAGAGGAGAAAGAGCAAAGCAAAAAUAGAAAUGGAAAAACAAAUUUCAAGGGAUAUAGAGACAGAUCAGGAUUAUACACAGCCUAAAAGUAUAGCAGGAAGGUCAACGCAAGAGCAGCCAAAAACUCAGCCAAAACCGCUGAUGGAAAAAGAUUUUAAAGAGACUUCAAGAUUGGACAGAAACAAGUCUGACACGGCUGAUAGGGAAAUAGUUGAUAAAUUCAAGCAACCAAUAACCCAACCAGUAAAACCAAUCAAGAAAGAGCCUGAUUCAGUUAUAGAAAUGAAACAAGCUGUUGAGCCAAUGAGAAGAGAGGAGGAAACACAACCUGCAUUAACAGAAGCAGACAUUCCUCUGCUCUACAUUUCGGAGGAAGAAACAUUUUCAGAGGCCUUAAGUGAGCUUCCUCCUUCCCACCUCCGACCUGCUGUGCCUCAUACACAAACUGCCCAGCUUCCUAUUCAAGGCAUAGAGCCGCUAGAACCUUCUCUCAUGGAGCUGGACAUCAACAUGGAGGAUGAACCCCAGAUGCAAGAAGCUGCCGUUAAAAUUCAAGCAGUAUUCAAAGGCUACAAAGCUCGGAAAGAAAUGCGACCAGUCUUCAAGGAGGUGUUCAAGAACCAGAAGGCAGAUCUUCAUGGCACGCUCUCAUUAAAAUGUGUCAUUGAUGGAAAACCCAGUACUGUGCGCUGGCUGAAAAACGGCCAACAACUUAUAAAUGAUCCUCGAUGCCAGAUUAAAACCACUGAAAAUGGAGAAUGCACUCUUGUGGUUAAAAACUUAAAUGACAGCGACAGUGGAGUUUAUACCUGUGAGGCGGUGAAUAAGUUUGGGACAACCUCCUAUAAUGGAAAUAUAACUAUAGUGAAGACUCUACAACCUGUUCCCACUGCCCAGAAGCCUAUACACGCACCACUUGCAGCCAUAUCUCCUUUGCAGCUUGCUCCACAAAGGCCUGAAGCCCAGGAUAUGACACAAAGACAAACACCAACAGCUGCACCUGCAGACACUGACAAUUAUGUAGAAAGUGUAAGUGUCUCUAUGUGGGAUGCCUACAUCCUGACAGAACAGGACAAUCAGAGACGCCUGCAGGAGAGAAGAAGAUCCUCACUCAUUGCAGUUAGCUCCUUGUCAAGUCCAUCAGAGUAUGACACUGCUCCAGAUGUAAUAGAACCUAUUGAGACUGCUCCAGUAACACAGUGGGCAGUGAUAAAAGCAGCUGACACCAAACUGCCAACGGAUAACAAAGAAGAAACAGUUGCUCUGAAACUUCCUAAGAAAAUGUUGGUUGUUAAAGGUGCUCAUGAUAAUAAACUAAGAACACCAUCUCCAAAGCACCAUCGCUCCCACACACCUUUAACUAGUACAGGGUCCAGAUCUGAGUCAGACGGUGAAGAGUGCAGACAAGAGACUUUUGAAAUAUAUGUGGCUCGAGCCGACUGCAGUCCUAAUGCUGGAAGUAAGGACAGCUUUAUUCUGAAGGAGGGACAAUUUGUGGAGGUUCUAGACUCUGUUCAUCCUGACAGGUGGUUGGUGAAAACCAAACCAACCAAAACCAACCCUUCUCGCCAAGGAUGGCUCUGUCCUGCCUAUUUGGAAAAGAAGAGAAAAGAAAUUUUCCCACAAAGUAGAUUUGUUCAAGAGGGUCUUGAUGGAAUUGGGUCAACAGAAGAAGAGUACAGAAGAGCACUGAGUCAGCUGAUCCAAGGCUUGAUUGAUGGAGAAGAGGAGUUUGUAAAGGCAAUGAAGAUGUUCAUCUCUCACCAUCUUAAUCAGCUGGACAGCAGCCACAAUGUUCCCAUCAAUAUUCUCAACCAGAAAGAGAUCAUCUUCAGGAACAUCAAAGAUAUUGUUGGUUUACAUGAACGUUUGAUCCUCCCUGGUCUGAGAGAGUGUUUAACGGAUGAUGACGUUGCCAUGUACCUAAUCAAGCAUGCCGAGCAAUUUGAGAAGUAUCUUCACUACAUGGUGGGACAAGCACAAGCAGAGGCCUGCAUCAGCGACAAGGCUGUUCAGCAAUACUUUAAAGAGGUAACGGCACAUGAGAAGCCUUGUGACACCCCAGUCAUGGAUGUCCUCACUUUCCUGCAGCAACCAAUAGAAAGAAUUCAAACCUACCAGAGUUUACUGAAGGAGUUAAUCAAGAACAAAGCUAGAAGUGGUCAGGGCUGUUACCUGUUAGAAGAUGCCUUCUCUGUGGUGUCCUGCUUGCCCUGGAGGUCAGACAAUCUGCACCGGGUGUCCCUGAUUGAGAACUAUCCAGCUCCUCUUACAGCUCUGGGUGAGCCUGUGCGACAGGGAGUAUUAACAGUGUGGGAGGACUCUCCAGAAAUAAAAACAACCUCCAGAGGUCAUCAGAGACAAGUGUUUCUCUUUAAGGAGUGCAUAGUACUGUGUAAGGUGAAGAAAGAUGGCAGCAUGAAUCAUGACACAUACAGCUUUAAGAACAAAAUGAAGCUGAAUGAUGUGGAAAUAAAGGAAAGUGUUGGUGGAGAGGACAAGUCAUGGAGCUUGUGGCAUGAACACAGAGGCUCUAUAAGGCGUUACACUUUACAGAGCAACUCUGCACUGGUUAAAGUGUCCUGGCUGAAAGACCUGAAGGAGCUGCAGGAACGCUCCAGCCUCAGUAAUAACUGUCCUCCAGUGUUUGAAUCAAUGCUUUCUGACUGCUCAGCACAAAUUGGACAGACAAUCAAACUGACUUGCAGAGUGUUUGGAUUUCCAAAACCCACAGUGAGCUGGAUCAAAGAUGGGCUUCCCUUAGAGGAUGACCCACGUCACAUCAUCGUGGCUGACCGCUCAGGAGCAUGCAGUCUCGUCCUGGACUGCCUCACAGCAGAGGACUCUGGUCAGUACAUGUGUCAUGCAACCAGCUCUAUGGGCAGUGCUGGCACUCUGGCAAAGGUGGUGGUGCACGCUCCACCCAGAUUUGUGACCAGACUAGAAAGCGCUUGUCUGAUUGAAGGAGAAGGGAUCCAGUUUGUAUGUUCCACUCUCACUACCCCUUUACCAAGAAUCAGGUGGUUGAAAAAUGGCAGGGAGCUGACUGACUGCAAUAAAUAUUCCAUUGUGAAUGAUGCCCGGAGUGGAAUCUUGUCUCUUACAGUUACAGGGGCAACAGAGGCAGAUAUUGGAGUGUAUGAAUGUGAGCUCUGGAAUGAACUUGGCUGCAUCAAGUGCAAAGCAGGUCUUUGUCCUGCCUUUGUGCCACCUGCUGACAUAGAGAGUGACCAACAGCAGAGCCUACCUGCUAAAGGUAGGACUGUCAGAGCCAACGGAGUGAAUAUCUUCCACACAAGGUGGAAACCCACUAAAGGGUUUUCAUAUGUGUGGCACACAGGUUUAAACGUUAGCCACGAUUUCAUCAAAUUAUAUAGUAACUUCAAUUUGGAAAUAUGCCUAAUUAAUGUUUUGGUUUCUCUAGAAGCUGAUUCAGAGGCAUGGUCAACUGCCUUUGUUAAAAAAUGGCUGCAGACUGAUUUCAGCCCAUCUUCUUUGGCCAAGAUACAAUGUCCUCCUUUAUCCUCUGAGCAAUGUAGUACCGUGAUGGAUGUUCAACGUUCUGCAUUGGAUGAAUCAGUGCAGCAGCCUUCAUGUUAUCUGGAAGAAGAAGAGGAGAUCUACAUUUCAGAGGCCCUGCAUGAAAUCACAGAUGCUCCGCCUUCCAUCCAGGUGCCUGCUGAGGAUCUUUGCGUAGAGCCAGGCCAACCAGCAACAUUCAUAGUCAUCAUCACAGGAAGACCCACUCCAAAGAUACAGUGGUACAAGGAUAGGGAGCAGCUUGCAGCCAGUGAGAAUGUGAAGAUAGUCCAACAUGGUGCUCGCUGUUGCCUCACCAUUUUGUGCCCUGAAGGAGAGGACAGUGGCAUAUAUACCUGCUUUGCUCACAACGACUCAGGCCAAGCCUCCUGUGAAGCUCAGCUAACAGUCGAGGAAGGUCUACUUUAUUCCCAGGAAAAAGAGGUGGAGCUGGGGAAGAGAAGGAAGCUGUUCUCAGUAUAUGAUGUCCAUGAGGAAAUUGGAAGGGGGACAUUUGGGGUGGUGAAGCGGGUCAUCCACAGAAGAACAGGUGAAGUGUUUGCUGCCAAGUUUCUACCCUUGAGGAGCAGCUCUCGGACCAGGGCCUUCCAGGAGAGAGAUCUCCUUUCCCGUCUCGCUCAUCCCAGAGUGGCCUGCCUGCUGGAUUUCUUUUGCACCAGACGCACCCUGGUCUUAAUUACAGAAAUGUGCUGUUCUCAUGGGCUUCUCGACCAUUUGUUUAUGAGAGGAUCUAUCUCAGAAAGAGAGGUCCAGUCAUAUAUCCAGCAAAUUCUGGAAGGGGUCAGUCAUAUACACAGCAUGAACAUCAUGCAUCUGGAUCUCAAACCGGAAAAUAUUCUGAUGGUUUACCCUCCAAGAGAUGAGAUCAAGAUCUGUGAUUUUGGCUUCUGCCAGGAAAUAGACACUUCCCGACACCAGUACAGUAUGUUUGGCACUCCAGAGUUUGUUGCACCUGAAAUUGUGCAUCAAGAGCCCGUCACUAUGGCCACUGACAUCUGGGCUGUGGGUGUCAUAGCAUUUCUGUGUCUGGUUUGCCGGUGCCCUUUUGUGAGCGAGACCGACCGUGCAACAUUGCUGAGGGUGGAAGAGGCAACUAUAAACUGGGAUGCUCCAGAUGUCGUAUGCAGGAGCCCUGAAGCAAGGAAUUUUCUUCACAUGGUCCUACAGCCAGAUCCAGAGACUCGACCAUCUGCCUUUGAGUGCUUGAGUCUAGAUUGGCUUCAGGAUGGAAAUGCAGGGGAGGACACGGAUGAAAUCAACACAAAGAGUUUGAAAAUCUUCAUCUCUAAAAGGAAAUGGCAGCGUUCUUUGACAUCCAUCGGGUCGGUGCUCACACUGAGGCCCAUUCCGGAGCUGCUAGAUGCUCCUCUCAGAGAGACUUCAGUUGCAGUGCCACGAGAGCCCCAGGAGCACAGCAGUACCUCCCUGAGCAGCGGCUCCUCAUCAGAAUAUGACGAGGCAGACUCCUGGGACUUUUUCCAGCCCUGCAGCCAGACUGAAGAUGAGGAGGAUGAGACAGAGGAAGAAUAUGAUCACUUAAUGGAGAGGGCACAAAUCUCUGAGCGGUUUGCUAAAUGCCGCACAGGUUCAGAGGAGGAUGAGGAAGGGACUUUAGGUGAGGAUGAAGAGGGAGAGAUGGGAGAAAGGAGGAGUGUUUUAGAGCGCAACAUGAGCAGGGCAUCAACAGCAUCCUCAACAACAACAGACCAACAGACUCCUCACAGGGAACGACGUUUCAGCAAGGAUAGUAACCGAUCUUUGUAUCUCUCUGAUGGGGAAGAGGGUUCAGGGAGUGAUGGUGGGCGCAUUCCCAGAGGAAGUGUCAUCCGAAGCACUUUCUACAACACCUCUCAACAGCUUUCCCCUCUGUCUGCCAGACACAUGACUUUAAGGGACAAAUUUCAAGCGAGGAAACAGGAAAGGGGCCGUAAACCUCUUAGGAGAAGCUUCUCGGGGCGUCUCAAUGAGCCUCUGAUUGAAUACGUAGAGGAUGAACCAGAGAGCACCCGUGGGCAGAGACAAGGACCCAUCCAGCCUACCAUUCAGAAAUCCUCUUCAUUUGACAAUGGAAUGGGCUUUGUCCACAGCAGUCUACCCCCACACAGACGGAGCAGGUCCCUGGAUGAGUAUUCCCGUCGAUCUCCCAGCUCAUCCAGCCUUGAAAGGGCACAUGAAGAAGAGGCCUUUCAGACUAAGAGGGAAGGAUUCACAGAUGAUGAAGCAACUUGUAGAAACUUGCAAAGUAUGCAGAAAGCUCAUCAAGUCUUAGGACGGAGAGGUUCUGUUGUUGUGAUGCAGAGACCAUUGAGUGGAGUGUCUGUUCCCUCAGAGUACCAUGCUGGAGGCAGAAAGAGUUCUAGACUGGGUCAGGACCAUACAGAGGGUGAUACUUUAACCAGCUCCCAAGGGUCUCUGGCUGAUUCUUUUAUUUUGGAGCAUGGUGGAUCUGAGACCUCAAGUAGAAUUGGCUCCUUUGAUGAAUUAAGUCAUGGUAGGGUGAGAAGAACAUACCAAUCAGGGGAGAGUGACGAACAAGAUGAACAGAGUGAGCCACUGAUAACACCAUCCCCUACCUUAUUUCAGGAAAUAAAACACAGAAGCUCCUUUCCUCAAGCACCACCACGUAAUCGUACCCGGUCCAAUCCCAACUUAUCCACAACCUUCAGAAGCCAGCCAGAGAAACCCUUAAUGCCAAGUCCGAGUCCAAGCCUCUGCUCUCUAGAGGCUCCGCAGAGGCCUCCCAGGGCCCGGGAUAAGAGAGAAGGCUCUGCACUUCAAAGACAUGCAUCUGCUCCAGCUCUGGAAGCACAACCACAAACUGGAAAGUCCCCAAAAUUGGGUCUUUUGAAUAUCUUCCGUAGGCAGUCCUGGACCGGCCACUCAUACACCCAAUUGGAGAAUACGGAGCUGGGACCAACACUGGGAGAGAUCAUGAAGCCCAAUACACCUACUAUGUCUCUGAGAAAAAAGAUGAGGGCUUCCGCCUCCAGUCUGACCAAGCUCUUUUCCAGGUCCUCUAGUAAGGAGGAUGUUAGUAAAGGAGGACCGAUUGUAAAAGGAUCUGCUGCCAUUCCUCAGAGUAGUGCUCUUGAAAGCCCCAAAAAGAGAAGCUCAAAGCUCUUGUCAUCUUUUAAAAUACCGCCGUUCAGAAAGACCAAAGUUUGUCCCAGCAAAGCCGAGGUGCUGCAGUUAGCCGGGGGUGGCGUACUGCUGGUGUGGAAGCCUGUCCAGUCUGCUGACCCUGUCACUUACUGUGUGCAGUACUGUACAGCUGGUGGAGAGUGGAGAGUCCUGUCAGAUGAGGUUGCAGAGAGCUGCUAUGUGGUAAAGGACUUACCAAAAGGAGCAUCAUAUGUGUUCAGAGUGGGCUGUAUCACCAGAACAGGAGCAGGACCUUUCAGCGAAGCUUCCGCUCCCACUGUCAUACCCAGUUAUCCUGAAGAUAUACGGAUUCCUCUCGUUCAGACUCAGUCACUUGGACUAAAGGCCGAUGGAUCACAACCUCAAAGUGUAAACAGGAAUUACAGCUUCCUCUCUGAGAUUAACAGGGGUCGUUUUAGUGUAGUAACUUUGUGCAGGGAUGUGGUGACAACUCAGGUGUUUGCUGCUAAGAUCACUCCAUACCGUGCCGAGCAGAGACAACUGGUCCUGCGGGAGUACCAGCUGCUAAGGAGGCUUCACCACCCUCACCUGGUUCAGCUGCAUGCUGCUUUCAUCACCCCAUGCUAUAUGUUGUUAGUGGAGGAGUUGUGCCCUGGCAAAGAGCUACUGUACAGUCUGGCUGCAAGAGACCUUUAUGCAGAGAACAACGUUGCAGAGCUUUUGCAUCAGGUUGUGAGCGCAGUGGACUACCUCCACAGUCGUCGAGUCAUCCACCUGGACCUAAAGUCUGACAACAUGCUGGUAGAUGAUGGCAACCACCUGAAGAUCAUUGACUUUGGCUCAGCCCAGUCCUUCAUACCUGGACAGCCUUUAAGCAUUGAGCACAUUCACGGCUUCGCUGAAAGCAAAGUCUAUAUUGUCCUUCCUAAAGCUCCAGAAAUCCUGGAGGGUCAGGGUGUGGGGCCAGAGACUGACAUCUGGGCUAUUGGAGUCCUGGCCUUUAUCAUGCUCAGCGCUGACAGUCCCUUCCAUGCCGAGCUCAGCUGGGAGCAAGACAAAAACAUAAAGAAAGGAAAGAUCCAGUUUGGCCGCUGCUACCCUGGUCUGUCAGAAGGAGCUUUAAACUUCAUGAAGAGCAGCCUUAAUAACAAAUCCUGGGGGAGACCCACAGCAGCCGAGUGUCUCCAGCACCCGUGGCUUCGUGCCCAUCGCACUCCACACAAAGUCCGCCCAUCCAAAGUGUGCUUCUCCACUGACAAGCUCAGAGCUUACCUCAAGCAGAAAGAGGAGAAACGAGACCAAGUGUGCACAAAGCAUCAGGGUCCGUUCUUCUAGUGUGGUUAAAAAAUCCACAAAACCCCGAUCAGUGUUUUGAACAAAAAUUAUGGCUAAAAGUUUUUCAAGUUUGCCUUUUUUCUGCUAAAUCAAGUCUAACUUAGCAUCAUAAAAUGAUAUACCCUGACUUUAAAUAUGUCUUAACGAGUCUGUUUGGAAAAAUCAAUUUUGAGGAAUAUUUAUCAGAGAUUAUUAUCGAUGCACGAGUUAUACGGUUUUGGUUUUGCUGUAAAGUGAUUCGCUGUGAUCCUCGUCUAAAGUGUCAAAUGGAUCCACAUGCUUGGUCUUACAUUUGAAACCUUUUUUGCAUGUUUUAGUGAACAGUAAUAUUUCAGAAGUAUGUUCCAAACUUCAUAACUCAAAGUUUGCAAUGAGGAAAUAGUUGAUAGUUAAACUAUGUUAUAUGGAUGACCUCCUAUUUUGAAGUGAAUGGAAAAAAAUAAAAAAUGACACCAAAAGAACUCUGUUGAUGUCAUCAACUUUCUCAUCUUUUUAUUUAUCCAUGUUUCUAUACAGACAUAUAAUAUUAAAC